AUGUCCAUGCAUAUCCCUAGGGAGCAGGUCACCAUGAAGGCUAUUGCUGGUGGUACACUCUUCCAUGUUCAUGUAUCAGUUCCAGUACUGCCGUUGCGACCAGUGGCAGGGGCCUCCUCGGUAGCACUGGCUGAGAAGGGCCCUCAUGAACCUGGAUCAGAUGGUUCUCUCCCACCGGAUGCCCAAAUUCGUGAGAUACUUCGCCGUAGGGGAGCUAUCUCAGCGAUGAAAACCGGAAUUAAAAAAGCUACUGAAGUACUCAAAGAGCAAUUCGAAGCUCUCACAUCGUUUAUAAAUACCCAGGACAAUCGGGCACUGCUGAGCGCAGACGUGGAGCAGUUCUGGAAUGAUCAGAAGGGCGACCAGAUCCAACAGCAAGCCCAGGACAUCAUCACAGCGUUAGAAACCCAGCUCAUCAUGGAUGAAUCAAUCGAAAUGUCUCUCCGUUCGAGCACUAACAGUGACAUUGUUUCUGCCAUUCAAACACUUUCCAUCACCGGCACUACACCUGGCAACGAGUUUGUUGAACAUCCUUCGCCUGAUGCGAGCAAAACCCCCCGACAUGUGCGUUUUGCGACAAUCGACCCCGAAACCACCAUGUCUCCUUAUCAGCCAAUUCAGCUUCGAAGACUCGAACUCCCAACAUUCGACGGGGACAUUACGCAAUUCCACGGAUUCUGGUGUAAAUUCAAGACAGCGGUUCAUGAAAACGACUCACUUCAAUUGUCCACUAAAUUCAUCUAUCUCACCAACUCAUUGAAAGGCAGAGCUGCGCUGAUUAUCCAAGGAUAUGAUCCCUCUGUACCCGAAAACUAUCAUCUCGCCAUUCAAGCUCUCAAGAAGCGAGUUAUGGUCAUGUUCUGUGUAUUGGGCUUUGCUCCCUGUUCAUAUGAAUAUGUGAUAGAUUUUGUCGGAUUGGCAGUUAUGUUAUGUAACCAGUACAUCAUUGGGUGGUGA